AUGAGCAAAAAGUACGCUUUCCUUCCCAUGGAGGAGGAUGAGGUGGGCCCUCAGAAAGUUACCAAGGAGAAGAAGUCCAGACAUAGACAUCGCGACCGAGACCGUGACGACAAAUCAUCUUCCCGACACUCAAAAUCCCGCCGCGAUCGCAGUCGCUCCCGCUCCAAAUCUCCAGGUCGAACAUCUUCAUCACGUCAUAGCCGACCCAAGCAAUACCGACGACGCGACGACAAGAGCGACUUCGAUGAUCGAUGGGGCGACGAGGAGCCGCCUUCCGACGAGCCUGAGGAAGAAGAGGACGAGCACGAGUUCGAAGAGUCAGCACGCAAACGAGUGAAAAUGAACCACGAUGAACCAAAAGAUGAAGACCUAUCCGAUGGCGCGAAAGAGGAAGCAGAGCGCAGAAAAGAUAUCGAAGAGCGCGAGGCUUUCGCAAAGCGCUUAAGAGAAAAGGACAGCAGAAAAUCGAAGAGCGACGAUAGAGAUGGAGUCUCCUCAUCGAGGAGGAAGCUCGCUGAAGAUGCCGAGGCGCGAAACCAAGCGCUACCCGACAUUCGAGAACGAUCGCGACAGGAAUAUCUCAAGAAACGAGAAACCGAACGUCUGGCCCUUCUUAGGAAACAGGUCGCCGAGGAAACCGCUGAGCUUAAUAGUGGCGUGAAAUUGACCAGGGACGAGAAGGCAGAAUUUGCUAAGAAUAGAGAGGUUUUGCGACUGGCCGAGGAACGACUUAGGGUUGAUGAUCACAGAGAUGGAUACUACAUGCCAGAGGAUUACAUCACCGAGAAGGGUAAACUCGACCGAAAGAAAAAGGAAGAUGCACUCUACAAGCGAUAUGUCGAGAAAGACGAGUUUGGACAGGAGAAAUUCGUCACCGAGCACGAGGAAUGGGAACGGGAGCAAGCUUCAAAAGCCAAGGCGCAGAUUCAGCGCGGUGAAUUGGAGAACGAGGGCUACGACUAUGUCAUGGACGAUCAGUAUAUCCAGUGGAAUCUGGACUCACGGUUACCCGGCGAUGAUCAAAAGUUGACCAAAGAACAACAAUUCCUUAACGCGCAGAUUGAUGCGGCCGAGAAGAAGGCCCUGUCAAUCCAGGAAACGAGAAAGAGUCUACCGAUUUACCAAUACCGAGAUGAGUUCCUUGCCGCGUUGGAAAAGUUUCAGGUCCUUGUUAUUGUCGGAGAGACUGGUAGUGGAAAGACUACCCAGCUACCGCAAUAUCUCCACGAGGCUGGUUACACCAAGAACGGCAUGAAAGUCGGAUGUACCCAACCUCGACGUGUCGCAGCCAUGAGUGUAGCAGCUCGUGUGGCUGAGGAAGUGGGCGUCAAGGUCGGCAAUGAAGUCGGAUACACUAUUCGUUUCGAGGACUGUACUAGCGACAAGACUAUCCUGAAGUACAUGACUGACGGAAUGUUGCUUCGAGAAUUCAUGACUGAACCAGAUCUGGCAGGAUAUUCAGCACUGAUGAUCGACGAAGCCCACGAACGUACCGUCCAUACUGAUAUCCUGUUGGCUUUGAUCAAGGAUCUUUCUCGAGAACGACCUGAUUUGAAGCUAUUGAUUUCAUCAGCUACCAUGAACGCUGAGAAGUUUGCCCAAUACUUUGACGACGCGCCUAUUUUCAACAUUCCCGGUCGACGAUAUCCUGUCGAUAUUUACUACACUCCUGCUCCUGAGGCGAAUUACUUGGCUGCAGCUAUCACGACGGUUUUCCAGAUUCAUACCACCCAGCCCAAGGGUGAUAUUCUGAUCUUCUUGACGGGUCAAGAUGAGAUUGAAGCAGCCGAGCUCGAAAUUGCAGAAACAGCAAAGAAGCUUGGCAAUCGUGUCAAGGAAUUGGUCGUUUGUCCUAUUUACGCCAAUUUGCCGUCCGAGUUGCAGUCCAAGAUUUUCGAGCCUACACCGGAAGGUGCUCGCAAGGUCGUAUUGGCCACCAACAUUGCCGAAACCAGUUUGACAAUUGAUGGCAUUGUUUAUGUUAUCGACCCAGGCUAUGUCAAGGAGAACGUCUACAACCCUGCGACAGGCAUGUCGAACUUGGUUGUUGUUCCUUGUUCAAGAGCCUCUGCCAACCAGCGAAGUGGCCGUGCCGGUCGUGUCGGACCUGGAAAGUGUUUCCGGCUGUACACCAAGUUUGCGUACAUGAACGAAAUGGACGAGUCGACUACACCAGAGAUCCAAAGAACAAACUUGAACGGUGUUGUGCUUCAAUUGAAGUCUCUUGGUAUCAAUGAACUGCUCGACUUCGAGUUCAUGGAUCCUCCACCCACAGAAGCUCUUAUCGGCGCACUGAAUCAAUUGUUUGCUCUGCAAGCGUUGAACCAUCGUGGAGAAUUGACCAAGCUCGGUCGACAAAUGGGUGAAUUCCCCACAGAUCCUAUGCUUGCGAAGGCCGUCCUUGCUGCAGACAAGGAAGGAUGUGUUGAAGAGGUUCUAUCUAUUGUAUCCAUGCUUGGUGAAGCCUCUGCUCUCUUCUUCCGACCCAAGGACAAGAAGAUUCACGCAGACAGCGCCCGAAACCGAUUUACCGUCAAGGACGGUGGUGAUCAUUGCACCCUUCUUAAUGUGUGGAAUCAAUGGGUCGACAGUGACUUCUCCCCUGUCUGGGCGAAGGAGAACUUCUUACAGCAACGUUCUCUCACCCGCGCCCGCGACGUCCGCGACCAACUCGCAAAACUCUGCGAACGUGUCGAAGUCGCACCCUCCACAUGCGGCGCUACCAACCUACGUCCCAUCAAGCGCGCCAUCACAGCAGGUUUUUUCCCCAACGCGGCACGACUGAUGAAGAGUGGCGACAGCUACAGAACUGUCAAGAACAACACGACAGUGUGGAUCCACCCCAGCAGUGUGCUGAUGGCUAUCGAUCCGCCGGAGAAAAUGGUGGUUUACUUUGAGCUUGUUCAAACGACGAAGGAGUAUAUGCGUAGUGUUAUGCCGAUUGAACCAAGGUGGUUGUCAGAGUUGGCACCGCAUUUCCAUAAAAAGAAGGAUGUCGAGGAGAUGGAGGAGAAGAAAAUGCCUAAACAGAGAAACUAA